UUCUUCUUCUUCUUCUUCUUCUUCUUCUUCUUCUUCUUCUUCUUCUUUUUCAGCUAGAUCUCAGGGGAUGCAAAUUAGCUAAUGAGGUACCGAUAUUCAAGCAUUUCUAUUGAGCCAAAAAAUAAUGUAUUCUCAUUAUUUCUACCUCACCCCUCCCCAGGAGUAAACUAUUGGCAAUUAUGAAAACAUUUCAUUGUAUAUGAAUUUUGGUAUGUCAGCCUUACCCUGUAACAACUUAUAUUUUCUUAGAAUUUUAAAAUGUGCCUUGUUAUAUAUUUCUGCGUAGUUGACUUUUAAUUGAAUUGAAUGGUAUGUCUGUUUUUCCCUCAUCUAGUCUCUACAUCGGAUCAACAUUGAUUAUUGUUCUCAACGGAUAUGAUGUCAUCAGGGAAGCAUUCAUGCACAGGGCAGAUGUGUUUACUGAUAGACCGCGUUUGUUCAUAGAUGAGGCAAGUGUGUUUUAUUUUCAAAGCAUGUUGUUUAACGUAUACACAACUAGAAUGGAUCUGAAAAGAAGAUGGAAUAUUAGUUUCGAGAAUAAAAAAAUAACAUUAAAUCUUUUUCAGGUUUCUGGCUAUGCUGGUACCGGUGUCAUUUGUUCAUCUGGUGCCAAUUGGAAAGAACAGCGUACGGUCUCUCUAAACAUUCUGAAGUCUUUUGGCAUGGGGAGCAGCGGUCUGGAAGGAAAGGUUCGAGAGGAAAUGGAGCACUAUUUGGAAUUUCUUAAAAGCCUUAAUGGACAUCCAGCAGACAUCAGCCUCAGAACUUAUAUGAGUACUUCUAAUAUUAUAUUUUCGAUGACCUUCGGUCAAAGAUUUAAAUAUUCAGACAAAACUUUUGAAAAUAUCGUGAAACUUAUGGAGUAUAAUAUAUCGCUUAUUCAAUUAACGGGGCUCGUUAACUUCUUUCCCGCAUUACAUUAUGCGCCUGGAGAUCCUUGCAAAUCAAGAAAAUUAAUCUCGAACGCUCGUGAAGUUGCUGAAACGUUACGAAACCUGUGUCUGAAAAUGAAAAAUGACAAUACUUCUAACAACAAGUCUGGCGACUUUAUUUCGGCUUAUUUCUCAGAGGCUGAAAAGAGGUCGAUUACGGGUAAAGAGACGUUUAUGGACGAAACUAAUUUAACCAAGAUUCUCGUUGACCUGUUCGCAGCAGGCACCGACACUACAAGCGUGACGAUUAUGUGGUGUAUACUCUACGUUCUCCACUGCCCUGACGUCCAAGAGAAAAUUCACGCCGAAAUCGAGAGAGAAAUCGGAUCAACAAGAAGCCCCACUUUGGAGGACAAGACGAAACUGGUUUAUCUAAACGCCGUCAUUAUGGAAACUCAGAGAUUAUGUAGUAUAGUUCCGUAUGGAGUACCCCACACAUGUACGGAAGAAACGAGGCUAAAAGGUUAUACAGUCCCGAAAGGCUCUUUCAUUUUGUCGAGUUUAGAUUCUGUUUUACUCGACGAAAAGACAUGGGGAUUAGACGCUGCCAAAUUCAAGCCAGAAAGAUUCAUAACUCCGUCAGGACAACUGCGGUCACGGAAAGAGUUCCUGCCCUUUGGUUUCGGCAGACGGAUGUGUCUCGGGAAAUCCCUGGCCAAAAUGGAGCUGUUUCUGUUCCUGUCCAACAUGUUCCAGCGGUUCUCCUUCUUACCGCAAGAGCCAGGCACAGUGCCACCUCUAAAGGAAACGUUCGGACUAGUACGAGCACCUCGGAAGUUCCUUGUACGUGUUGUGGAUAAAAAUAAAUAGGAUUAACGAGAUAGCUUGUGUAUGCAUAU